UCUGGACACCACGCAGCGGUGUCUCGGUGACGGUCCCAAGACUCCCUCGGGGGAGAAAAAGAAAAGAGAGGAAAAUAACCGAAGUUAUGCUGAACGUUACGUAUGGUCAAUUUUGGAUGAUUUCUCAGAGUCAGGAAUAGCAGGUGGGCAAGCAACAGCACUCACGUCACAACCGAAACCUAAACGCAUCGUGUCCAUUUCUAGAUUCUUAUUAACGCGAACGCCUUUAACCGAUCGUUUCGAGGCUGAUCCUUCAAACGUCCACUCUCUCUCUCUCUCUCUCUGGCAUUCUUCUCUCCUUCAGGUCAAUUACGGACCUUUAAGGUCGAUAGCUACAUUGAUCCUUUUUUGCGGGCAAGCCGCAGAGAGAUGGGAAUGGUUGACAUCUUCAAAAGGCGAAUGAAAGUUUUCACAUUGGCUUUUGUUAUCUACCUGGAUUACAAGGCUUUACAGCAACGAGAGAAAUUUAUUAGAAAAUCUAAGAGAGCUGCUCUAUGGGAGAGACUUCACGAGCGUAAUGCUAAGCGUGUCCUCAAUUUGAUGAUAGAGUUGGAAGGUUUAUGGGUGAAACUUGGGCAGUACUUGUCUACACGUGCAGAUGUGCUUCCCAAUGCCUAUAUAACACUUCUGAAGCAGCUACAGGACUCUCUUCCACCUCGACCUGUUGAUGAGGUUUGUCAAACCAUAGAAAAAGAGUUGGGACAAUCUAUGGAUGACCUCUUCUUAGACUUUGUCAAAGCACCUCUGGCCACUGCAUCGAUAGCACAAGUUCAUCGUGCAACUCUGCGUAAUGGACAGGAGGUGGUUGUGAAAGUUCAACAUCAGGGUGUCAAGACAAUAAUAUUGGAGGACUUAAAGAAUGCGAAAUCAAUAGUCGAUUGGAUAGCAUGGGCAGAACCACAUUAUGACUUCAGCCCUAUGAUAGAUGAAUGGUGCAAAGAAGCCCCGAAGGAACUGGAUUUCAACCAUGAAGCUGAAAAUACUAGAACAGUCUUUAGAAAUCUAGGCUGCAAAGGCAACUGCAAUGAUAGGAAUCCUGCUAAUUUUGUGGACGUACUGAUCCCAGAAGUUAUUCAGUCAACUGAAAGACUCCUCGUUUUAGAGUAUAUGGAUGGGAUUCGUUUAAAUGAUACUGAGUCGCUUGAAGCUUUUGGCGUUGACAAGCAAAAGCUUGUUGAAGAGAUCACACGUGCUUAUGCCCACCAAAUUUAUGUUGAUGGCUUUUUCAAUGGUGACCCUCAUCCUGGAAAUUUUCUUGUGAGCAAGCAAGCUCCUCAUCGUCCAAUUUUGCUCGAUUUUGGGCUUACAAAGUUACUAUCUAGUCCCAUGAAACAUGCUCUUGCAAAAAUGUUUCUGGCAUCUGCUGAGGGAGACCAUGUGGCACUUUUGUCUGCCUUUGAAGAAAUGGGGCUUAGGUUGCGCCUUGACAUGCCAGAGCAGGCUAUGGAGGUCACUAGUGUGUUCUUCCGUAAUUCAACACCUUCAAAUGAAGCUCUUGAAAAUGUGAAAUCUAUGGCUGAGCAAAGAACGAAAAACCUGAAAGUCUUACAGGAUAAGAUGAAACUCAACCAAAAAGAAGUGAAACGUUUCAAUCCUGUUGAUGCUUUCCCAGGGGACAUCGUGAUAUUUACUCGGGUUCUCAAUUUGCUUAGAGGGCUUUCAGCCACGAUGAAUGUUCGCAUAGUUUACCUAGAUAUCAUGAGACCCUUUGCUGAGUCUGUUUUAGACGGCAACAUUAGUAAAGGACCGGCAUUGAAUGCACAAUGGAUUAACGACACACCUGUCCAUUCUGACGUGGAGGCUAAACUGAGACAGCUCUUAGUUGAGUUGGGAGAUGCUGAUAAAAUACUUGGAAUCCAGGUGUGUGCCUACAAAGAUGGAGAAGUGAUCAUUGAUACUUCUGCCGGAAUGCUUGGAAGAUAUGACCCUCGUCCAGUUCAGCCUGAUAGCUUAUUUCCUGUUUUCUCUGUCACAAAGGGUAUUGCAGCAGGAAUGCUUCAUUGGCUGGUGGAUAAUGGGAAAUUGAGGCUUGAUGAAAAUGUUGGAAAUGUUUGGCCACAGUUCAGAGUUAAUGGAAAAGACCUGAUAAAGGUACAUCAUGUGCUUAAUCAUACAUCCGGUAUGCAUAAUGCAUUGGCCAGCCUUACACAAGAAAAUCCAUUCCUAAUGCUUGAUUGGGACGAGUGUUUGAGUCGCAUAGCUACUUCAGUCCCGGAGACUGAACCUGGCCGUGAGCAGCUGUAUCACUAUGUUUCUUUUGGCUGGCUUUGUGGUGGAAUCAUUGAGCAUGCAUCUGGUAAGAAGUUUCAGGAAAUUCUUGAAGAAGCCUUCAUUCGUCCCCUGAACAUUGACGGGGAGCUGUAUAUUGGAAUUCCUCCAGGUGUGGAAUCUCGACUUGCAACACUGACAACGGAUGCAGAUGACCUCAAGAAGCUCUCAGGUGUAAGCAACCGUUCAGACCUCCCCUCUACUUUCCAGCCAAGUGACAUUGCCCAGCUUGCCACCACCCUUCCGGCUCUAUUCAACACCCUAAAUGUGCGCCGUGCAAUUAUACCAGCCGCUAAUGGACAUUGCUCAGCCCGUGCACUUGCGCGCUACUAUGCAGCUUUAGCAGACGGUGGUACAGUCCCACCACCCCAUUCCUCUUCUUCCAAGCCGACACUUGGCAGCCAUCCUCAUCUUCCCAAAUUCGCUUCCUUAAAACCCCCCAAGCAGCAGAAAGGCUACUGGAGGAAGUUGAUGACAUCAGCAAACUGCACAGAAGGACGGAUGCAAAAAAAAUCGUAUAGUUCGGGUGACAGUAGCUAUAGUAUGAUUCCCGAUAAUGAUAACAUUGGCGACAGCAAUAAUUUGACAGCUGAAACCACAAUAGACGCUGACGAUCAUCAAAGUGUGAGCAAGAUAUUUUCUAACCCUAGAAUUCAUGAUGCAUUCAUGGGUGCUGGAGAAUACGAAAAUUUGGUUCUCCCAAGUGGGAAAUUCGGGCUAGGGUUUAGGAGGUGCUACGCGAAGGAUGGUUCCCUUAUAGGAUUCGGGCACUCGGGCAUGGGCGGAUCAACAGGCUACUGUGACAUCAAAAACAGGUUUGCUAUUUCUGUAACCCUGAACAAAAUGUCGUUUGGUGGCGUUACUGGAAAGAUAGUUCAUCUUGUUUGCUCGGAGCUGGGUAUACCUGUGCCCGAGGAAUAUUCCAGAUUUGGUGAGGGGGGAGCGGACAUGCAGAUGAAUUUAGAGAAACCACUUAUUAACUGACGAAGAUACUUUUCUGUCAAUUUAUCGGGUAUACUUUUUUCAUGUUUAUGAUCACAAACAUGUUUGUGCCAUACGGUACUUAUCUGCGGGCAAAUAUUAUCUACUGAUAAUUGUUGUUAAAACUAACUUAUAUAUAGAUGAGCGGUAAAUUGGUAUAUUGAAGUGCAUUUGGGACUCUCUCAUGUUC